CCAUAUCUUCAGUUUGCGGGCUCACUUGUGUUGCAGUCUGCAGAGCACCCUCGGGGUGUGUGCAGCUGGAAAGCUGUUUUAGUACAUUUUGUUUUUUUAUUUUAUCACCGGUUUGUGUUUCUGCCGAGCCAUGACACAGAGCAGCAGAGACCGACUACGAAGCUAAUGGACAGAGGAAGAAGAGGAGGAGCAAACAGAAACAUCGGAAGAGCUUUAAGAAAGUGACUGCGGUUUGACAGAGAAAGCCCAGCCAAUGGAAACACGCUGCACAUUUAGUGCCAGAAGGACAAAAGAGGACUUGUGACCUCCAGCUUCCCUUGUAACAGAGAGAGCAGACACUGAUGUGAGCCGGCCUUCUCAUUGGCUCAAGCGAUGACACUCACCAAGGAGAAGAAGCUCGAGGGUGGCAGGAGGGUGUCGGGGGUCACGACCCCACCGGAGGGCGGCUGGGGCUGGAUGAUCGUCGCUGGCUGUUUCCUCGCCACCAUCUGCAUUCGGGCUGUAACCAGAUGUGUUUCCAUGUUCUUCGUGGAGUUCCAGCUGCACUUUGGGAAGGAUUAUUCCACCACGGCCUGGAUCCACAGUCUGAUCGACUCUACCACCAUGCUCUGUGCUCCUCUGGGUGGUUUCCUUGGGAACCGUCUCUCCUGCAGAGCCACAGUGAUGCUAGGAGGUCUGCUGUCGUCUGCUGGUCUCAUCCUCAGCUCCUUCGCUUCCAGUCUGGAAUAUCUGUACGCCUCCCUGGGCAUCCUCACAGGUCUUGGCUUUGCUCUCUGCUACACCCCAGCUAUAGCCAUGGUUGGGAGUUACUUCAAUGAGAGAAAAGCCCUGGCCUAUGGCAUCGCCUUGUCUGGGAGCAGCAUUGGCACCUUCAUCCUGGCUCCUUUAGUCCAGCUGCUCAUAGAGUAUUACUCCUGGAGAGGAGCUCUGCUCAUCCUGGGAGGAUUUGUUUCCAACCUGUGUGUCUGUGGAGCUCUGAUGAGGCCGCUGGAACCAAAAACAAUUAAGCGGAUAUGGGAGAACAAUAUGGCGCUGGUUUCCAAAGACGCUGAACAAGCCCCUGCUGACUGCAACCAAGUAGAGCCAAAGCAGCUGGAAAUAAGCAGCUUAAUGGAUACUCAGAGGCUCCUCAUAGCCAAUGGAGCGCUCAAAAACGUUCGCCUUGAAAACCUCAAACUAGCUCAGGGGAACAUAUCAAGGUCAGGCCUGCCUGAUCCAAAUUUAAAACAACUGAGGAUAGCUGAAUGUAUUUUAUUUAGCAACAAGCUAACUGAGAAUAUGCUAGGGGACAGCAAACUCUCAGAUCCUAAAGCAACAAAAGAUAGCACAAAUAAGGACUUGAAAUUAGUGGAAAGCAUGAACUUGAUCAACAAAACAGCUGACAUGGAUACUAAGAAGGAAGAAUCAGGACUCACUGAAGCCAAAACAGCGAAUGUCUGUCACUUACACACAGAGCCUUUAGAGAGCACAAAACCUUGGUCCAGACGCCCCUUUCUUAGUCUCGGGUCGAUGGAAGAGUUCAGAUUCCUCCUGAUGCCAGACUUCCUGAUGCUGUCUGUGUCCCUCCUGUUCCUGGCGUAUGGCUGCAGCGCUCCCUUAGUUUACCUGGUGCCUUACGCCCUCAGCGUCGGGCUGGAGCACCGGCACGCUGCCUAUCUCAUGUCCAUAUUUGGAGUCUGUGGCAUUGUGGGUAACAUCACCUUUGGAUGGAUCACAGAUAGGAAGUGUCUGAAGAAGUAUCGCAUGCUGAGCUACAUGCUGGCGAUCGGCAUGGAGGGGCUCUGCUGUAUGUUCAUCCACCUCCUGCACUCCUUCUCCCUCCUGGUCCCCUUUUCCGUACUCUACGGCUACUUUGACGGGGCAUAUGUGGCGCUCAUCCCAGUGGUGACCUCUGAUAUCGUGGGCUCCACCGACCUGCCCUCCGCUCUGGGUGUGGUCUACUUCCUGCACGCCAUCCCCUACCUGAUUAGCCCACCAAUAGGAGGUUGGUUAGUAGACAAGACAGGAAACUACACAGCGACCUUCUCUCUCAGCGGGGCUUCUUUCAUGUUCAGCUCUGUCGUCCUAACCGUUGCUUUGUUAGUCAGACAUUUCCAGAGGUCCAAGUCUAGCUCUGCUCCAUGCUUAAAUCACAAUCACAAUACUGCUGCAGCUCAGCAGGGAAUCGUAUGACAAGAUGCUGCUCCUCCAUCUGCUCAGAGGAAUAUUAAGGUGCUAUUUUGAUGUGCAUCAUAAGAGCACAAGGACUCAAGCUCAGACUCAUCAAGACAACUCAUGUCAGAACUUGUGCCUUAUUUUUUUAAUCAGAGUUUUCUGUCUGUUUAAUGUGAAUCCAGCCAACGGGCACUCAUACAUAUCGUGUGAGUCAAUCUUUGUUGUCUCAUGUUGUAAAUUAAAAAAAGAAAACACUCACUUAAUUUCACUUCAACAGUUAUAAUACUUCUGGCCUCGUUGCCCCUAUUAUCAUGUUGCUGGCUGUCAGUUUUCAAUGUUUAUGUUUCAUAUCCAGUGGCGACUGGUCAUGAGGGGCAGGUGGGGCACAGCCCCACCUAGUGUCAGCAGAAAGUAUUACAAAUAAUGAUUACAAAAAAAUGCAAAAAAUAAAUAACAAAAUAUAUAAAAUAUA